GUCAGUCACAAGACAAGCUUCACCCAGCUGCCUUGAUAGACAAGCGAAUACGGAUUGUGCGGCAAAUCGGGCUAUUUGGGCGUAAAUUUCCGCGCCGACUAAUUUGCAGGACUCGGAUGCAAAACAGAUCCAGCGCCAUGAAGAAAAAGGUGCUGCUCAUGGGCAAGAGUGGUUCGGGGAAAACAAGCAUGAGGUCCAUCAUAUUUGCCAACUACAUUGCAAGGGACACGAGGAGGCUGGGUGCCACAAUUGACGUUGAGCACUCGCAUGUGCGAUUCCUUGGCAACCUGGUGCUGAACCUGUGGGACUGUGGUGGCCAGGAAGCCUUCAUGGAGAACUACUUUGCCAGCCAGAAGGACACCAUAUUCCGGAAUGUUGAGGUUCUGAUUUAUGUGUUUGACGUGGAGUCAAGGGAGCUGGAAAAGGACCUUCAUUACUACCAGUCAUGCUUGGAGGCAAUACUGCAGAAUUCAGCUGAAGCCAAGAUCUUCUGUCUCGUUCACAAGAUGGACCUUGUGCCUGAAGAACAGAGAGAUAGGAUAUUCCGUCUUAGACAAGAGGACCUCAACAGGUUGUCCAAGCCUUUGGAGUGUGUGUGCUUCAAGACGUCAAUAUGGGACGAAACACUUUACAAGGCCUGGUCAUCAAUUGUGUACACCCUCAUACCCAACGUCCAGCAGCUGGAAAGCAACUUGCAACAGUUUACCAACAUCAUCGACGCCAACGAGGUCCUCCUGUUCGAGCGUGCUACUUUCCUUAUAAUCAGCCACUGCCAGCGGAAGCCACACCAUGAUGUUCACCGCUUUGAGAAGGUCUCCAACAUUAUCAAGCAGUUCAAAUUGAGCUGCAGCAAGCUAGCUGCCCAGUUCCAAAGCAUGGAAGUGCGAAAUAGCAAUUUUGCUGCCUUCAUUGAUGUCUUCACCCCAAACACCUACAUUAUGGUGAUCAUGGCUGACCCUAGCAUGCCACCAGCGGCCACUCUGAUCAACAUCAAGAAUGCCCGGAAACACUUUGAGAAGCUCGAGAGUGCCAAGGGCUCAAGCUCACAAUCACUUGCAAGGCGAUAGUAGUUCCUAGAGACUCGAUAAGAAGCCUCAUGUUUCGUCUCCCCUUGCUCCCAGCACAAGGCAUUCUUGGUGCACCGCGCAAUACUCUGGCACCAAGCUACUUGUGCUGCCUCACCUGGCUGAAGCCUGCCCAGUUUAAAAACCCAAGAAGUUAAUUGUGUGAAGGCUGCGACUACAGAGAAAGCACAUUUCAUGUUCCGUGCAGGCAGGUCUUGUCGUAUGAAUCCCACGGAAAGAAAUAGGGCAGUGUCAGGCACUGCAGCUUGUUUUAGCUGGUUCAGAAUAUACAGUUCAAAAAUGUUUAGAGAUGUGUAUUUUGUACAAAUUGAUGAUGAAUAAAAAUGUUGAUAUUGAAAAUCA